AUGUGUCAUUCCACAGCCAUCUCAUGUUCAUGGCGGCGGAAAUUUCGUCAGAUACUGGGAGACAUGCCUCCCGAGGAUGCGCAGGCAGUGAAUAUUGCGAUGCUCCUGUUACUCCAGCACAUCUCAGACUCCGUAAAAGGAAAGAUCGAUUUCCUUCUGCUCCUCUUAGGCACCUGGCUUUCCGCCGGCUUAGCACUCAUUGCACUUGUGGGCGUUCUACCAGUGCUUCUGCUCUAUCGUGAGGCCCGCACUGAUCGUUACCGUGCAAUCACCAAUGUGCAUGACCCGCAUAAUUGCUUCAUAUCUCCUGGUAUUGCGUUGCUGCCGGGGAAGCGCUUCUUCCAGAAACUCCGUGUACCGAAUUUGGCAGAGCCACCCAAGAUAACAUAUCUCAAGAUUGAACGCCAAUGCCGGCAAGUAUUCAAGGGUGAUCAAGAUCGUUCUUCAACCGGUUGGGUCAACUUUGCAAAUAUACUCCGAGCCUACUGCAUAUCUUCUGAGUCUGGGGGCGAACUUGCAGUCCACCGUUCCGAAUCUUUCCUCCCAGUCCACAGAACUUGGAUACUUCUCUUGGGAAUCAUUGACCGGUACGCUAAUCGACCUGACUACGGCCUAUUUCGAAACGAAGGCAAGGAAGAAGAGAUGGACGAUUUCGGCCGCAAACCUCUGUGCGGGUUGAGUGGCUUCAUGGCCUAUAACCCUCCGACCUCGCAUGAAGAUAUACAACGACUUAAUGGCAGUAUUUGCUUCCGAAUGCACUCCACUCCACACAUGAAUUACAUGGAGGAGUUCACAGGCAUUGACGUCAUGCCAUUUCGAACUCUGUUGUUACUUUAUUUAGGCUACAUUCCACGCGGGGACCAUGAUGUGUACUUCAUUGGGCUCGAGGAGCAAACCCCUCAUGAGCAAGACCCUCGUGUUCGAGAAUAUUAUGGGCGCAAUGACCACUUCAGCACUGACGACUUCUAUCGGCGCAAUGACUCCAAUGUGACCUCUGCAUGGCAAAUCGUACUUGAUAAAGAAAACCUCAUCGCUUAUAAUCAUGAAAGGAUCUUCAGAGAGAUGGGUAUAGUCCCUCCGAAGGUUUACCGAUUGGAACGAGUUGGUUAUGCAUCGGGAAGAAGCUUUGACGACAGAGAGUAUUACGCCCUGGAGCAAGAUGAGUACAUUAAUCGGACUGAUAUAUACUGUAUCCUGCGGUCAAUACUGAACUUGGGCAGCAGCUCCCAGUCGUUCCUCUAUAACAAGCAUGCUCGCAACGAAAAAGCUCUAGUCGAAAGGAUUUUUGUCCCUCAGGAUCCGGCCGAUUUUAGUAUCAGGUUAAAGAAUCUGCUUCACCUGUCAACACAGAUAAUGGACCAUCUCAACAUCGGAAAUAAGCCUGUUCUGUUAGAGGCCAUCAUUGCUUUGACGGAGAUUUGCCAAAAACCCCUUGUGCCCUGGAGCAGGGAGUUAUUGAAAAGAUGUUAUGAACUUGAUUUACUACUACGUCAGUAUUGCAAGGCAAAUUGCUUUGCCAUGCAGGCCAUUAGCAUUUUAUACAUGCUGGACAAAGACUUCCGCUCUCUGUAUGUGUGCCCCGAGGAGCAAAUUACGCAUAAGGGUGCUUUAGUCCUGAAUCCUACCACCAAAACUGUCGAAAUAGCUCCUCCAGAUUUGGAAAUUUCGCACGCGAACCAGGAGCUGAUCUCACGGUUCCUGUUCGACUUCGGUAUCGUAUUUCCUGAUUGGCCAGGCCAGAUGAGCACGGAGCUGGAAGAAGUCCAUUCUCAGGCAAAUAUUUUGGAGGUUCGAUAUCCAGAGGCAGUGAUGGCAUGUCUCCACGGGCACGUAGUAAUGGCGAUGUGGAACAUGGUUCUUCCAGCAAAUGACUUUUCGACUUUCUAUACGAAACUGGACCGGUUGGUACACAUUAGCGCCCAGACUGAACCGCGCAACGUGACAAACCUUGAAGAAAUAUUAGCUGCUCGAUAUUACGGGCGAAGGGAUUCUUCUGCAUGA